CCUAUAAAAGAUUGAAAAUGUGAUACACGGAACACCACAAGCAAAAAGAAAAAAUAUAGUUCAACCGUGACUAUCUGAACACUCACAAACCUACUAUACUAUGGCAUCGAAUCCGUCAAGCUCAAUACCUUUCCUCUUAUCAGUAAUUCUGAUUCUAGUGGUUGGUACUAAUGCUGGUGGAAUCGCAAUCUACUGGGGUCAGAAUGGAAAUGAGGGUACCUUGGCACAAACUUGUGCCACAGGUAAAUAUGCCUUUGUCAACGUUGCUUUCCUUCCAACCUUUGGCAACGGUCGAAAACCCCAAAUCAACCUUGCUGGCCAUUGUGAUCCAACAACUAAUGGGUGCACCAGGUUUAGCUCUGAGAUACAAUCAUGUCAGUCAAGAGGAAUUAAGGUGAUGUUAUCCAUUGGAGGAGGUGCAGGGAGCUAUUCUCUUUCUUCAACUGACGAUGCUAAACAAGUAGCGACCUAUCUUUGGAAUAACUUCUUAGGAGGGCAAUCCUCAUCUCGCCCUCUUGGAGCAGCUGUUUUGGAUGGAAUCGACUUUGAUAUUGAAGGAGGAACAACCCAACAUUGGGAUGAGCUUGCAAGGUUUCUCUCUCAAUACAGCAAACAAGGAAAGAAAGUGUACUUAACCGCAGCUCCUCAGUGCCCAUUUCCUGAUGCUUAUAUGGGAGCUGCCCUUAAGACAGGUCUAUUUGAUUAUGUAUGGGUACAGUUCUAUAACAACCCUCCAUGCCAGUACAGCUCAGGUAAUCUAGUAAAGUAUUGGAACCAAUGGACUACUUCUAUUCCUGCCACCAAAUUUUUCUUAGGACUUCCUGCUUCGCCUAAUGCAGCUGGGAGUGGCUUCAUUCCAGCCGCUGAUUUAACUUCUAAAGUGCUUCCGGCCAUUAAAGGUAGUGCCAAGUAUGGAGGUGUGAUGCUGUGGUCGAAAUACUAUGAUGACAAAGCAGGAUACAGUUCUUCCAUCAAGAGCAGCGUUUAGGAGUCUAGAGUCUAAAUUGAUGCAUGUAAUAAUUUCAAAGUAGAAGAGUUCCUACAUCUUCCAUAACUAUUAUCUGUGCUUAUAUACAUGUAUGUAUGUGACACGAAUAAAAAUAUGCAUCAAUUUAGAACA